AACAUACAUAUUUGUACAAAAGCAGGCUUUAGAGACAGUGGGCGUGUCGUCUGAAGGUGAUUUGCAUACUGCGCAGUAUUUAUAGUGUGACUGACGCCAGAGUCGUCACUGUGCUCCUGCGCCAACGAGACGUGCACCCUGUCAUUUCUCUGACUAAAAAACCCUGAGCCUCUGCAGACAUGGCCGACAAACCUGACAUCAAUGAAGUCACAACCUUCGACAAGACCAAGCUGAAGAAGACGGAGACUCAGGAGAAAAACACACUGCCAACCAAAGAAACCAUCGAACAGGAGAAGUCGUCAUAAUUCAGACCUGCACGCCUAUGCAAUGUACAUUCCACAAGCCUUGGCUUUUUUUUUUUCAACCUUUUCCAACAUGUAGUUACUAAUUGACAAAACAAUGGUUGUACACCCCCCCCCCACCACCACUCCCUUGCCUAGAUGUCCCUCUGUACAGUAAGGAAGAGUGGCUUGACGUCAACAUGGGUUCCAGGUGUGUUUCUGUGGCUGCAUCCAGUAUGAUGAAGAGCAGGCGUGUCAUGAAACAACUGAGGGACCUACACUGUAUUUGUAGCCCUACUCUGGCCACUUGUGAAUGCUAACAAAGCAGUGUUUUUGUAAAAAAAAAAAAUCUGGAAAGCCCAAGUUUGUUAAAUAUGCAAAAUAAAAAAAUGUAAAUUGA